ACACACUUCCACGAGCUCCGAACGCCAUYCUUCAGCGUGAAUAUUCUUUAUGUAUUCUUGUAUAUUACUAGUUUAGACAAGAAAAAGUUGUUUUGCAUGCAGAUAUACAAAAUAUGACACUUUGUUUACAUAGCAGGGGUACAAAGGGUAUCAUGCGCGGAAGUCAGUCGGUCGCUUAGUCGUUGAGGAUUACUGAUUUGGAAYAGUCACUGUCUGAGAAAUUUGAUUAAUUCCUAAGCCUGCAGCAAAGGAAUUAACRCAGAGUUUACAAGCAAGCAGCAAAGAGUAUUACAAGAGUGAGUGACUUGCCAUUCGCCACCAGAACCACCAAAUUGGAUGUUCAUCCGACUGGACUAAAUACUUUAACGAAAGAUCUUUCUGUUUCUUGCUGUGAAGUACAAUAAACAUCUUCAAAGUUUCACUGGCUAGACCAGCCAUCCAUGUUCGUUGAACUUGGAACCAAGAUUUAUAAUUCGAAGUUAGGAUGAGCAUUUCUGUGACUUACUUUACAAAAGCAUUUCGUUUUAACAAGUUCGUGGAAAAAUAAUAGCGAUUUUAUGUUAAUGCUUAGAGGAAUGGCUUUGACCUUUGGUUCAGCUAUCAAGACUGUUUUGAUUUUCACUGYCGCUAUAUUGGACUUAUGUGCACCACAAGAGGUUCAACCAACUCAAGGCAGACCAGCGUACAGUCAUAUUGGCUGCUAUUAUCAAGUACAUUCAUGCGGAUCACCACCAUACUACAUGGAAGUGGCGCGACCCAAUGUUCCAAUAUUUGACGCGUGUUUGGAACUGGCCAGAAAAAGAGGUUUAAAGCAUUUUGGUGUGCAAGCCAUGCAGCAAACRGAUUGCAUAACUGGACCGAAUUUCCUGAAGCCCCAGACAUCUGAUUGUCUGAAAAGACAAAUGUGCAAACUGGACCAAAAGCAACUAUCUUAUUACUCCUAUGAUCUGUACGUUAUAAAAGAAGUCCCAAAUACUUUUUUGAAGAUUGUUCGUUCUCCAGUAAACGUWACAGCCAACGAGAAAAACACAGUAGAAAUAAGAUGCGAAUUUGAAGGYAACCCGUUCCCAGUAUUGACCUGGCUUAAGAAUGAACAAGCCCUGGACUUUAAGCAACAUUCCAAUAGAAUGAAAACA